AUGCUCUCCAAGUCAAUCCAUGCUGUUGUCAAUGAUUUAGAGAUGGCAUUGUCUAAUAGCCAAGAUAACUGGUGUGAAGAAGACAUUGCACAGCUACUGGAAAGAAUGGAGAAUAACCUUCCACCCAGUGACAACCACACAUUCAAAACAGCCCAGGCAUAUAUGGACUGGGCAAAAGUAGCUUUUAAAGAUUUUUCUGGAGAAAUGUGCAAACUCAAGUGGUUAGAGAUUUCUAGGAAGAUAAGAAAGUAUAGGACUCUGACAGAAUUAGUGCUGGAAGCUAAGGAACAUGUUAAAAAUUCUUACCAAAGCAAAAAACUCAAGAAACAUCCAGACAUGCCCAAGAAGCCCCUGACUGCUUACCUCCGCUUCCUUAAGGAGAAACGGCCUGAGUAUUCCCAAAUGCACCCCAAACUCAACAACCAGGAACUGACCAAGGUCAUGUCUGAGAAAUACAAGGCGCUCCCAGAGGAGAUGAAACUGAAAUAUAUGGAAGACUUUCACAAGGAGAAACAGGAGUUUCAGGAGAAACUGGCUCAGUUCAGGAAAGACCACCCUGAGCCUGAGCAGAACUCCAAGACCUCUGUUGUCCCCAAAGGGAGCCGAAGUAGAGCCCGCAAGAAGUUUAAGGGAGAUGAAAAAGAACUGAAAUCUUCGCAGGAAAAUGAUCUUUGGGGGGACAUAAGAUUCUGUGGAGAGCCUGAGAAGCCCCCCAUGAAUGCAUACCACAAGUUCCACCAGGAUGUGUGGUCCAGUGAGGAGCUGCAAGGCCUGCACCCGAGGCAGCGCAUGGUGGAGAUUUGCAGACUCUGGCAGCGUGUUCCAAUGGACCAGAGGGAGCUUUAUGAGCAGCAGGCUGAGGAGCUGCAGAAACAGUACACGGUGGACCUGGAUAAAUGGCUCAAGACUCUGUCUGCUGAAGAGUACGCUGCCUUUAGAGAGAGAAGCGCUGGGAAGCGUAAGAUAAAAAUGCGUAGAGGCCCAGACCCCAAGAUCAUCAAGAUAGAAGUGCAAUCUCCAUCAGCAAGGACUCUGCAAGAAGGGCUUGCACAGGAGGAGCAGGAGCUGCAGGCUCCAGAGAUGGAGUCAUCAGAGACUUCACAGGAAUCUGAUGAAAAUAAGGAAGAUGGGGGAAAGGCAGAAGGCAGGGCGUCCUCAGACUCCAGCAGUGCUUCCUCAGACCCCAGCAGUGAAGAUGUAGAUGUAGAAUGUGAGAACAGCCACUCCAGCCUCUGA